AUGAAGGUGCUCAACCUAGCUAUUUUCUUUUCAAUAAGUUCAUUUCCACACCGUACCAUAAACUCCAUACCAACUGUAGCGCUUAAUGCCGUAACCCCAAUAAACUCGAUACAAAUUGCCCCUGCAGAGGUGGACAAAUCGGAAAAUGUAACAGAAAAUAGUGUGACGGAAAACCCAGAUGAUGCAGAAACAAUCACCAGACGGCCUGUAAAAUUAAAUAUGAGACAAGGAUUGCUUAUGAACCAAGUUGUGGCUGUGUACGCUCUGGGAGAAGAAUCUAAUCAGCUUUGCAAGAACCAUUCCAAGGAGCUUAAUAUUGGUCUAAGAGCGUUGGAGCCCUGGGCUUUGAAAAUGUUCGACUCCUCGUCUAAGUUGCAAGCGGGAAUCUUGGAUGGGAAUUUAUUUGAAUUUGGAGCUUUCCAGCAGUGUUUGCACAUAUACAAAGAUUCCCGUUAUGGACCCAUCAGGGGUAAAUUCUGCUCGUUAAAAAUUAUUCCAGACGUUCAGCUUUUAAAGAAAAUUUUAGAGUUUCGGAAUAUAUCGAGCAAAAGAUUUGGAAAAGUUUACCAGUUCGUCAGCAACGCCGCCCUCGCAUGGUCAGUUUGCGUCCCAGCUUCUUGUAAUUCGCACGAUGUUUACAAGCACUUUUCCAAAUCAAUUUAUCCUUUAACAGAAGGUCUGAACGUGACGAUAUCUUUCCGAGAUGAAGAUUGUGUAACAAUUUCCGACGAAGUGCCACUUAAUAGAACAGAAUUAUUAAUAAUCGUUUUACUGGCUUUAUUUAUUGCAAUUGUGGUCCUUUGCUCUGUUAUCGACUUAUUAUACUCGGCUCCCGAUGAAUCCAACAAUAAAUUGGUGGAUGCAUUCUCUGCUUGUGCGAAUUCCAGGCGCAUAUUUGCCAGAGGGGGUGGUAAUUCUGACCUGGAUUGCUUGCACGGAAUUCGUGUCUUGAGUACCUGUUACGUUGUCAUCGGACAUAGAUAUCUCAUGUUGAUGUUUUUUCCUGUUGUUAAUAGCUUGAAAAUUAUGGAUUGGGUUUUGUACUACAGAAGCACGGCGAUUACAGGAGGCACUCUUUGCGUUGAUACAUUUUUCAUGAUAAGUGGGAUGCUGGUGAGCGUAGGCUUUUUUCAGGAAGUAAAAAAAUCCGGAAGGAUGAAUUGGAUUGUUUUUUAUUUAUAUCGCUAUAUGAGAAUAACACCUCCUCUAGCCAUAGUUGUCCUGUGCUACUCCACUCUAGUUCAUCAUUUAGGAUCAGGACCUUUGUGGCGUGACAUGUUGGAUAUAUUGCAGAAACCAUGUCAGGAAUACUGGUGGGCUACGAUAUUGCACAUACAGAACUAUGUGCAUCCAUUUCCUUUGUGUAUGACGCAAGCUUGGUAUUUAACAUGUGACAUGCAAUACUACUUCUUCUCUCCGGUUAUCCUGCUGCCACUUUGGAAACUUCGCAUUUUCGGCUACAUCAAUUAUGUUUGCAUUUACGUUCUAUCAAUAGCAAGUAAUUUUUAUUUUGCCUGGAUCAAUAGAUAUGAUGGCGGAGUUCCUGUGACCAAUCAACUCUUCUCCACGAAAUACUUCCAGCACCACUACAUCGCUCCACACACGAGAGCAGCUACUUACAUAAUCGGCUUAGGCCUCGGCUAUUCGCUUCAGAAAACCAGGGGAAGAAAAAUUCAAAUUAGUUAUCCGAUUACUCUCAGUCUGUGGAUCAUUUCAAUCGGGUCCAUGCUGGUCUCACUAAUCGGAUGUCAUGUCUUUCACGAGGAAGUCCACGACUACAAUAGAUUGGAGGCUUCGGUUUUCCUGUCCUGUUCGCGGUCAGCGUGGACAAUAGGUGUCGGGUGGAUGGUUUGGGCCUGCAUUCACGGAUAUGGAGGUCCGAUAAAUUACGUCCUUUCGUCGCAUCCGUUUAGAGUUCUGGCAAGAAUCAGCUACUCUAUUUAUUUGCUGCACAUGUUGAUGCAAUAUUUAAUGAGUGGAGCGGCGAAAAUGCCUGGCUAUUUUUCGGACUUCAGUGCUCUUUGCGCUGCCUUUGGUGACUUAUUUAUAAUGGUUAUAAUCGGAUUUGCGUUUACAGUCUGCUUUGAGAUGCCACUGGUUAAGCUCUUGACCAUUCUUUUAAAAGGAGGGAAACGGAUUAAAGUGGAACCGAAAAAUUAG